AUGUCCUCGUCGCAGGACAAUCCCCCCUCGUCCAGGUCAUCCCUUGACACACCGCAAGACGCUAUUGUCCUGUUCGAUCUGCACCUCAAAUUCCUCACUGAAUCAUACUUGACCUUUUUUCAAGAACGGAAGAAGAUAGAAGAGACGUACGUCGAAGCCCUGCUCAAGCUGCAUACGAAGGCCAAGAUAACCGAUACCCACCUAGACAGUCGAGUGGAACUCAGUACCACGAGAGCCGCUUGGGUUGAGGUCAGAGACAAUGUAGCUCGAGAGGCUGAUACGCGCAUGGCCUUCCUUGGCGCUAUCACCACCGACAUUAUCAACCCAUUGGCCGCAUUGAGGGAAACUCAAGAUCGCAUCCGCAAACGCAUCAAAGAAGACCUGAAAGAUGCUGUCAAUGCUCACACAGACUACGCGGAAAGUACUUUGCCCCGACUGAAGCGUACAUACUUGAAAAAGUGUCAGGAAGUUGAGGAUUUCAAGAAUGCUGCAGCUGCAGUUCCGCCUGUGUCCCCCACAUUUGCUCCUGAGCAUCAUAAUGCACCUGCUAUACUCAAACCUACCACCUCCGCGCCCUCUAAGACUAGCCAAGGUCCACCAACUAGGCCUAUUGUUACUGCUCCACAGCCACUUCGUCCCCUUGACCGUCGACCAUCGACAAGUGCAGCAUCCUCUAGAGCUCGUUCUCCAUCAACUUCGACGGCUCUACAAGAUCUGGCACAUUCAGGAAAGAGACAGUUGAAUCAACUGAUUACGUUCUUAGAUAAAGGAGGUAACGCGAAGGAGACCCUGGGUCGAUCUGACAACGCGUUGCGGUCAGUGCGUGCCAAGAGGGAGGCCGAUGAGGCCGACAAGGAAUAUCGGAAAGCUGUUCAUUGGUUAGAGACACUACGCCUCCGCAGGAUAAAGCUCUUGGAAGCCGGGUACACUAGCUUGAAAUCCUUCGUUCGUGAAUCCGCCGAGACAGUCAAGUCUGUGCUUUGGAGAUAUACGGAUAAUCUGAUUGCGACGGCUGCGACACAGUCUCAGAUAUGCGAACAUGGUCGCCGGAGUAUUGAAAGAAUAUCGUCUCAGACAGAUGAUGCCAUAAUUGCCGCCCACAUUCCUCAACUAAUUGCGGCCGCUUCGCCGAAGCCGAUUUACUACCACAAUUAUGCCGUUGGAGAAUGCAAGGAUCUUGUCUUUGGUGUCUCUCUCGUUGACUAUGCGACGGCAAGGAAUCUGUCGGAAGGGGAAGUUCCUAAGAUUGUGAGAAUGUCAAUCAAAGAGAUCGAGAAAAGAGGUUUGGAGGCGGAAGGCAUCUAUCGAGUGUCUGGCAGACAUGCAGCGGUUCAAGAGCUCCAACACAAGAUAGAGCGCAACGAGGCUCUAUUUUCGUUUAAUCCUACUGUAGACGACGUAUACGCUGUCUCGUCCCUCCUUAAGCUGUAUCUGCGUGGGUUACCAGAGCCGGUCUUCAAAUUUUCCCUACAGGAUCGGAUCCAACACAGCGAGGAUAUGGAGGAGCACCUAUUCAAUAACUUCAUGCUAUUGCGAUCAAAGAUGCGAAGACUGCCGGCGAUACAUCAAGGCACUCUCAAGAUGAUAGUAGAGCACCUUGCGCGUGUAGCUUCGCAUUCUGACAAGAACAAGAUGGACGCCAAGAACCUGGCUAUCGUGUUCAGCGCUGUCAUCUUUGGCGAGGACGAGAUGCCGAAGGGUGGAGAUCUACUCAAUGUACAAUCGUGGAAGGACACACUUAUGGAGGACCUCAUCACACAUGCUCAAAUACUGUUCCGACUCAGUGAUUCCCCACCGCUACCACCCGCACCGUUGGGCGAGUCUCCCGCCCAAGUCUCAUAUGGCUCGACACACACCAAAGUUGCGAAUAUGCCUCCGCCGCCGUCACCGAAGGAUCGAUCAACCUGGACUGUGCGAUCUGUAUCUGUCCCUCGACUACCGCCUCUGUUCGACGAUGUUCCGCCGGAAGAUUUCACACCUCAGCUGCCUCCUCGUCCGGCCGGCAGCAUCCACCCGUCUCUACGUGCAGGUCCUUUGUUACCGCCUGUCCGGCAGGCCGUCGCGUUAUCGGCACGGUCGGCACUCUUGUUCAACGAUGAGGUUGUCGUGUCCGUCCCACCUCCAAGUCUCACUUCCAUGAAUGAGGAAGAGGACACCGCUCCGUCGUCAUUGCCUCCGCCUUGGUCUGAUAGCGCCUCGAUAUCGACAUCCACGGGUACCUCCACCAUUAUGGACUCGCGCGAGAACUUUGAGAGAACGAUGCCUGACAUUCCGACAUUCAAUAUUGCAGAGCCACGCGAGGAUGAUCCGGAGAGACCUGCUUCGUCGUCCUCGGCAGCGACGUUCGAGAGUGCAAUGUCUUCUUCGCUACCUCCUCCCACUCUGAUAACUGCCUCCUCUACAACUUCGAGGUCCGAUCUUCCUGUUCUUUCUGCUGUAAAAUCGGACGAUCAUGAUACACUCGAGCUGCCCCAAGAUCCAUAG